UUGUUAUGGACGCUUGAUGAGACUUGCAUUUCAUACUCACAAACUUAGAUCUAGAUCUAGGUGCCUUAGUUGGUCUGCAACUUUAUUUUGUUAAAAUGAUUGUAUGAUGUGUAUUAUUCUUUUAUUUUAAACGGAAUCUAGAUUAGAUUUUGAAGCUCAAAAUGACAGAUCAUCCAGAAUAUUUAUCUGCAGAAGAAUUAAGGAAUAGAUUAUAUCACAGUUUAAGAAAUCGCGGGUUUGUUGACUCAAUAAAGUCUCAGCUCAGAAAUAGUUUAGUUACAGAAUUGCAACAGACUGUCCAUGGUCCGCUGACACUAAAAGAUUUAAACAUUCCAGAAGAAGGUUCACUAUUGCACAGAGCUUCCAACAGCCUGGUAGCCAAUCAUCUUAGUGCCUGUCAAUAUGAAUACACACUCAGUGUGUUCUUACCUGAAUCAGGACUCAGUCAGGAUAAGAAAUUUGAAGCCUUAGAUUUGCUUAAGCUACUGAAUAUCAGCCCACAGUCCAGACUUUACCAAAGAUUGAUUGCUGAAACACAUAAAGACUCCAAAAGAGGAUUUUUAUGGCAGCUGUUGUCUGAAGUCUCUUCCCUUCAUGCUAACUCUAUUAACACAGUAGGCUGCCAAACAGACCUUAUAAAAGUUGGACCCAUCACUCCUCUUGAUGAAAAGUUAUCAGAUGUCGAUGAAAUGUAUGCGUCCCGUCGUGAAGAUUAUCUUCGCACAGGUAGAGCUGGUGCUGAAGAGAGGCUUCUGAGUUUUCAGCGCCAGUUAGAGGAUCGUUAUAAUACACAGCUCAAAAUGGAGCUGGCCAGGAUGAAAGAGUCAGAAAUUGCAACAAUAAAAUUGUCAGAAAAAGAAAAUAGUAGAAAAGCAUUAGAGCAAGCUAAAAGAGAUAUGGAAAGGAUAUAUAAAGACAGAUAUGAUGCACUUGUAAUCAGAGAGAGAAAUACAAUGGAGAGAUUACAACAGCAAACAGAGAUGCAGGAAAAAGAGAUCUAUGCUCAACGUCAGUCUAUCUUAGAGGAAAUAGAAGCUGUAAGACAGAGAGAAGCAGAAGUGAAGAGAGAAGCAGAAGUGAACAAAAGAGAAAAAAGACUAUCUGAAGAGAGGGUGAAAGAUAAAGAGACAGAGCUAAGACGGAGAGAGAUGGAGAUUAAACAGCGAGAGUCAUCCUUUGAACAAAGAUUACAGAAUGAAAUGGCACAAUUCAAAUUAGAUCAGCAAGCCAGAUUUAUAGAAAGAGUUCAGAAUGUAGAAGUUAGAGAACAAACUUUGAAAGAACAGGAAAGAAUACUAUCUGAAGAGAAAUUCAGACUGCAGCAAAUUAAAGAUGAGCUCAGAGACAAAACCCAAAGAGUCAAUGAACUGGAGACCAAACUUUCAGAGUGUAAAUAUAGUGAAGUCAAUGCCAACAAAAACAAUGAAUACCUCAAUGCCAAACUUAGAGAUAUGUCAGACUACAGUACUUUGAAAGAACAAGUUGUGCUCUACAGAAAUGAAUUGGAAACACUCAGAACGCGCUUGGCUGAAGUUUUAUCCAUGAAUGAAAGGGAAAGAGGACGCCAAGAAGAACUUCUGAGAGAAUUGAGAAGACCUUCACCCGAAUCUUUAAUGCUUCAAAGAGAUUUGGAAAGAGCUAAAGAAAGCUUACGCCAGGAACAAAUAGUUUUUAAUCAGCAAAAACAGAUGCUUGAAGCUCGACUGAAAGAAGAGCUUGAUUGUAACAAGGAUCUAAUGGCACGCUUUGAGGAGCAGACAUUGCAGAUGAAGGAAAUGAAUCGUGAGAUUGUGGAUUUAAGACAACAUUUACAUAUGACAACUAAAGCAUUAAACAAUGAAGUUUAUAGAAAGCCAAAAGAAGGAUUGGAACAAGCUCAGCUUGUUGAAUCCAGAUUGUCCCAUAAAGUUCAUGAUAGCAGCAGGCAUUCUGUUGACCUAAACUUUGAUGACCAUGAACCUCAACGACCUUCCAGGUUUGAUGCUGACCCAAAAGAGAUCUACCAUGGAGUGGACUUUGAGACUUUUUCGCAGGUCAGGGAUGGACUUUACUUUGAGGAUGAUAUUUCGUCUACUGACUCAGCUGAUGUUAUCGCUCAGGCUAAAUAUAGAUUAAAAAGUUUGGACCAGGAAGCACAUAACCUAGAGAAGGCCUACCAUGAUUUUCACUGCCGAAUCACCAACAUACAUGCCCUACCUCUAGAUCAGCCUGCUCAGUCACCCCCACGUAGCAGAGUAGUAGGUCAACAACAGGGUGUCAUAGUUACUUCCCCUGCACAGAGCCCCAUCCUCUUUGAUAAUCCAAGAUCUUCUACACCUUAUAAACAGAAAAGAAAGCCUCAAGAGAUAGAUGAUAGCUUCAGUGAACUAAAAACAAAACCAAAGUUGACAGCAGAUUCUCAGCAUCCAACAUUGACUUCCAAAAUAACUUUAGACAUAGACAAAGAUUUUGUUCAGAAUAAGCAUAUAACAGUGGCAGAUUUGGAACAGCGGCCUGGAUCACCUCCUUUGAUGGUCAUUGCUGGUUCUGUCUCUAGUGAUGAAGGCUUGCCUAAAGGUAGAACAUUGUCUGCUUUAGAUCAAUUGGAGCAUCAUGUGACCAAAACUCCUGCCUUCACUUCUGCGGAGCAGUUGGAACAAGUGGCCAAAACUUCUUUAGUCACUGUGACACAUACAGAGUCAACCAGCACUAGACUAAUGCAGCCUGAACUUGUACAGCCAAUUUCUUUAGACACAGCAUGGAAGUCUCAUGCAGAGGAUGAUGUUUUAGAAGAUGUAAAAAGGAGACAAAGAGAAUUACAGGAAGAAGAAGAAGAGAUGGAAAGAGAAAGACAGAAAUUAGAAGAGGAACAAGCUAGAGAGGCUGUAUCCACUGUGACUAACAAGCUGGAUGAGGAAGACAACAUAGAUCCAGUUAUGAAACAGUACAUGGCAAUGGUCACACAGCAAAAAGAAAAGGAAAAGGAGUUAGCUAAGAAGGCAGUAGCAAGUUGGCAACAAGAGGAAAAAACUGAGUCCCAGAAUGCAUCUGAAGAAUUAUCAGUUGCAACUGAUGAUAAAAGUGAACAUGAUGAUGAUAUGUCCUCAUGGUGAAUGGCAUCUAGAUUGCAAUAAUUAUUUUUUUACUUAAGCUUAAUAAAAGAAUGAAUGAAUUAUUUUUUUUUGUACUGUAUCUGUCUUCUUAUAUUUAGUUUCACUUUAAGCAUGUCUGUGAUAAUAUCAAUUAUCUGAGUAAAAUAUUUUAAUAGUACUCUACUACUGAAAAAUUUGUAUAUUGAAUUUUCUUUUUUUUUUGGCAUGUUUUUAUACCAUUAUGCUAAAUAUGAUAUAAAUAAAUUUUGAUUCAAACAA